UGUAGUAAACGUGGGUAUUAAAGAAAAAGAGAAACACGAAGGGGAAAAGAGUCGGAAUAAAUAUUAGGUAAAUUAGUAAACCUAGAUUCCAAAUCUGAUUGAGAGAUGAUCUAAGCACAAUUCCCACGCCGUCUCACAUCGAUUCCACACUGCACGUCUUCUGGUAACUUGUAGAUGGACUCUUCAUCCGGUGGCCGUCCUAAAGUGGCGGCGAAGCGAGGCAACGUCGCCAGAGAGAAGCACAUGCCGCGGCUUGAGAAUCAAAUCCAUAACGAAAUUGAAGAGGCGAAACAACACACUUCCACCAGCAUGAGAAAGAAAAGGAAGACCGUCGCCGAUCUCGGUGGCGGAUCGGAAUCGGGACUGAAUGGAAACUCGGCGAGAACGAAGAGAAAGAAGAAGAAUUCGAUUGAUCAAGAGAAGGAAGGAGAUUGUGGCAAGGUACUAAUGGAUGAUCGUAACAAGGUCAACAAACCCAAAACUGAAGUCAAAGAUACCAAACAACGGGUUGUAUCUAGGAAAACCAAGGAGAGUAGUAGUUUGAUGUGUCAUCAGUGCCAGCGGAAUGAUAAGAGUGGUGUUGUCUUUUGUUCAAGUUGCAACAGAAAACGCUAUUGUUACGAAUGCAUUGAGAACUGGUACCCAGGAAAAACCCGAGAGGAAUUUGAGAAUGUGUGUCCAUUUUGUUGGGGAAAUUGCAACUGCAAAGCUUGCUUGCGAGAGUUUCCUGUGCUAAUGGACCGAGAAGUUGAUGCCAGUGUCAAAUUACAGCGUCUGUUGUACUUGCUAUCUAAAGCUCUGCCAAUUCUGAGGCAUAUCCACAGGGAGCAGAGCUUGGAAUUAGAGGUUGAAACCAAAAUAAGGGGUAGGCAACUGCAAGAAAUUGACAUAACAAGAACACAGCUAGAUGAAAGUGAGCGCUUGUACUGUGACAAUUGCAAUACAUCCAUACAUGGAUUUUACCGUAGCUGCCCCAACGAAGGUUGCUCUUAUGAUCUCUGUAUUGGGUGCUGUCAAGAGCUCAGAGAGGGUAACCAACCUGGAGGCAUGGAGGCUGGAACAUCUCAUGAAAAAUUUGAAGAAAGUUUUCACAUUCACGAUUCAACAAAAAAUCAGAGUGAAACACAUUGUAAAAGAUAUGGGUGGGAGAGUGAACUUGCACCUUCUAGUUUUCAUUCUCAGGCUGACAUGUUCUCUCCCUUCCCAGAAUGGAAAGCUAAUAGUGAUGGUAACAUUCCAUGUCCUCCAAAGCAGCGUGGAGGUUGUGGUACUGCAUUGCUGGAACUGAGACGCAUUUACAAAGCUAAUUGGGUAGCAAAACUGCUAAAUAAUGCUGAGGAUCUCACUAGAAAUUACACACCUCUGGAUGUGGGUAUUACUGAAAAGUGUUCUUUAUGCCAGCUGUAUUUGUUUGAAGGAAAAAUCAAUCCUGAAGUCAGGAGGGCAGCAUUCCGGGAUGACGGUAAAGAUAACUUCUUAUAUAGCCCAAAUGCCCUCAACAUUUCUGAUGAUGAGAUUGAGCACUUCCAGAGGCACUGGAUGAGGGGAGAACCUGUGGUUGUGAGAAAUGUUCUAGCCAAAACAUCUGGUCUUAGUUGGGAACCAAUGGUUAUGUGGAGGGCCCUCAGAGAAACAGGUUCUAAAGUAAAGUUCAAAGAGGAAACACAAAGUGUGAAGGCCGUAGAUUGCUUGGAUUGGUGCGGGGUUGAAAUUAAUAUACACCAAUUUUUCCAAGGCUACCUAAAAGGUCGAAUGCAUAAAAAUAAGUGGCCAGAAAUGUUGAAGUUGAAAGAUUGGCCUUCAUCAACCUCUUUUGAAGAGCGUUUGCCUAGGCAUGGCGCUGAAUUCCUUGCUGCACUUCCGUACGUGGACUACACUGAUCCAAAAACGGGUCUUUUAAAUUUUGCCACUAAACUUCCUGCAGGUUCUCUGAAACCAGAUUUGGGACCCAAAACAUAUAUUGCUUAUGGAUUUUCUGAAGAGCUUGGCCGGGGAGAUUCUGUGACAAAACUGCACUGUGACGUGUCUGAUGCGGUCAAUGUGCUGACACACACAAACAAGGUGGAUAUAGCUCCCUGGCAGAGAGAAAGCAUAAAUAAAUUGAAGAAGGGAUAUGAUAAAGAAGACGAUUUUGAACUUCAUUGUGGAGCAUUAGCUAAUGUUGAAGGAAAAUCUAAAGCAUUGGAUCAUGAUCAAAAGGAAAAGAAUGGAGUUGACGGGAUUGCACCAAGUGUCCAAGUAGAUCAAUGCAUUUCAUCUAUAUCAGAUGACUUGAACAGAAAGUUGGAAACACAGAACACAGAACAAUGUGAUGAUAAUGGAAAGAGCUCUUGCACCUGCAGAAAUGUUGCUGUAAGGAACUCCUCUGUGGAAGCAAGUGUUAGUAUAACAUCAUCUACUGAAGUUUCAGAUUAUUCCAGGACUUCCGAACUGGAACAUGUUCAAUCUGCAACCAGCUUAGCAUCAACUAAUACAAGCAUAAAGAAAGAUAGAAUGAGAAUUGAUUUUUCAGAUGGUAAUGUGUCUGGUGAUCCCAAGAGAGAGUCAAAACAAGGCACCGGAAUAGACUCUUUGGACGCCAACAAUGGAGCUGAGACUGUCCUUGGUGGUGCUGUUUGGGAUAUCUUCCGCCGGCAAGAUGUCCCAAAGUUAGUUGAGUACUUAAGAGAGCACAAGAAGGAAUUUCGUCAUAUCAACAAUCAACCCAUUGAUUCAGUUGUACAUCCCAUUCAUGAUCAGACUAUAUUCUUAAAUGAGAGACAUAAGAAACAGCUUAAAAGAGAAUUCAAUGUUGAACCAUGGACUUUUGAGCAACACCUUGGCGAGGCUGUUUUCAUUCCAGCAGGAUGUCCUCAUCAAGUGAGAAAUAGACAGUCUUGUAUCAAGGUUGCGCUCGACUUUGUUUCUCCGGAAAAUGUUGAAGAAUGUUUACGACUAACUGAAGAAUUUCGUUUACUCCCGAAGAACCACAGGGCCAAGGAGGACAAAUUGGAGGUUAACAAGAUGACCCUGUAUGCUGUAAGUAGUGCUGUUCGAGAAGUUAAAGAACUGAUGAUGGCCAAUAAGUAAGGUUGGGCCAAUCUUAAUUUUUAUCUCUAAUUUUAAUACAAGCCGUAAUAGACUAUAGAGAUAGAUAUUUAUUUGACCGUUACCAGUUUUCUCAUCUUGGUUGUAAUUUUUGGGAAUAAGGUUUUGGGAAUAAGGUUAUGGAUAUAGAAUAUCAAUAUGAUAUUAUCUAGUAUUUUCACAAACAAUCAAAACAGAAAACUGUCAUGUUAUGGAUAUAUAUAGAACUAGAAGACUGUUUUUCUAUUAUCUAAUUGGAGUAAGCUUUAUUUAA